GGCCCAGUCAAGGCAACCAAAAACCAAAAGAGUCAAAAAAUAAAGUGAAAAUGUUAAAGCAACUACUGCUGCUGGCCACUGUGGUGGCGCUGGUCAGUGCUGAACUGCAUCGCAUACCCAUCCACAAGCACCAGCAAAAGAAGACCCGACAGCACAUGAAGUCAGCUGCACGUCAUCUCCGUCAAAAGUAUCACAAGCAGAGUGAACUCUAUGUGGAUUAUGGAGCACCCAACAAUGAUUUAUCUGGUAGUGUGGAGGACUCCAACGCUGACUAUACAACGGAGGAACUAUCCAACAAUCAGAAUAUGGAUUAUUAUGGUGAGAUUGCUAUAGGAACUCCACCCCAGUACUUCAAAGUCGUGUUCGAUACCGGCUCGUCAAAUCUGUGGGUGCCAUCGGUGAACUGCCUCCCUACGGAUCUCGCUUGCCAGACUCAUAAUCAGUACAAUUCGAGUGCAUCCAGCACGUAUGUGGCAAAUGGAGAAUCUUUCAGUAUACAGUACGGCACUGGCAGUCUCACGGGAUACCUCUCCUCGGACACAGUCAGCAUUAGUGGCUUGAGCAUUGUGAAUCAGAGUUUUGCCGAGGCCACCUCUCAGCCAAAUAGCAGUUUUACUGGUGUACCCUUCGAUGGUAUAUUGGGCAUGGCCUAUUCAAGUAUUGCCGAGGAUUCGGUUGUGCCACCAUUUUAUAAUCUCUGGAACCAGGGACUGAUUGAUAAGCCCACGUUUGGUUUCUAUUUGACGCAUAAUGGUUCCGCUGAGCUAGGCGGUGAACUUAUACUCGGUGGAGUCGAUAACACGUUGUUUGAAGGCAAUCUGACCUCUGUCCCUGUCUCCCAGAUGGGCUACUGGCAAUUUGCCAUGGCUGUCGUCGCAAUGGAUAACAAUGUUAUUUGCAGCGACUGUCAGGCAAUUGCGGAUACGGGCACCUCUUUGCUGGCUGUACCCGCUAAUCAACUCACAUAUAUAAAUAAUAUUAUUGGUGCUUAUCAAAUGGACGGGGAUUACUUUGUGGACUGCUCACUUGUAAAUAGUCUGCCAACGCUCAACUUCUUAAUUGGCGAGAGCGUUUUCAGUCUGACAUCCGCCGAAUACAUUACCGUCAUUCAGGAGAGUGACACCAAAUACUGCAUGUCUAGCUUUACGUCUAUUGACACAAACUUCUGGAUUCUAGGUGAUACCUUCAUUGGCCAUUAUUACACACAAUUUGAUUUCGGACACAAUAGCGUCAGCUUUGCACCACAAAUUUAAAACUGCGAACUAUUUUCCAAAUAAUUAUUCGCAAUGGAAAACAGAUAUUAAAAGAAUGCAAGCAUAAUAAAUAAAAAAAAUGAAGUUCUUAAAUGUUAAAAUGUAGAAAGAUACGGUUCUCCGUGAUAUAUUACAUAAUUGUGCAAUUGUUUAUUAAGAUUUAUGACUUCAGAGAGAUGGUGCACUCAAAAAUUUGUGAAAAGUGCAUUCCAAAAUUUAGAAGCCUUUAAAUAUGAAUAAUCGCUUAAGGAUAAUCGAUAAGGUGUUCAAAAAACUCUCAACAAUUGCAAGAAGUCAAAUGAAAUAUACUUUCAAA